UUGGCGGGCUGUUGGCGGCAGCCAUCUUUAUUUCUGACAGCCAAAAUGUCGUUUUUCGAAACUCUAGAGACACUCUUUGGAGUCCGGGAUUUAUACGAAGUAUUGCAUUUAACAAAAACAGCGUCUGAAUCCGAGAUAAAGCGAGCCUACCGAAAAAAGUCGCUUCAAGUUCAUCCAGAUCGAGCGAGUGAAGAAGAUAGAGAAGAAGCAACGAAGAGAUUUCAAUGUUUGGGUCAAGUUUACUCUGUUCUGUCCGAUCCAGACCGAAGAGCUGUUUAUGAUGAAAGCGGUGAAGUGGAAGACGAUAUCAUUGUACAAGAACGCGACUGGGAUGCUUACUGGAGGUUGCUGUUUAAGAAAAUUACCGUGGAGGAUAUUGCAGAAUUCGAGAAGCAAUACAAGGGCUCGGAAGAAGAGAUGAACGACCUCAAAGCCGCCUACUUAGACUAUGAAGGAGAUAUGGAUGCUAUCUUAGAGAAUGUUAUGUGUGCAACGGUAGAUGACGAUGAAAGGUUUAGAAAAGUCAUCAGGGAGCUAAUUUUGAAGGAAAAUCUUCCAAAAUUCCCAGCCUUUAUUAAUGAGGGUAAAAAGAAAAAGAGAGCUAGAAAAGAAAAAGUAAGUGAGCACAUCCCCCUCCCCCUUCUCGCCCCCUCCCACCAAAAAACGUUACCCUGAUUAAGAGAAAAUACUCACUUGUAGUAGAAAAAAUCCUCAAUGUUAGUUGCCUGUGAACGCAGCCAUCUCUCCUCGCUCCUUGCCGCUAGGAAUGUUUCGCAGGAGAGAUGUCUGCACCUCAGCAACAGAAAUUGCAUUUGCUGAUAACAUAAAUCAAUGUUGCACAAUUAAUCUGGUGAUCAUAGAGUUCCAAAUGUGAAUUUUUUCUGUCAGUCGUAAAUAAUAGCAAAAACAAUAGAACUACUAGUUGAACAACCAGAGCUCCUGAUCAGAUUCCAGACAGAUUUUGCAUGAUAUGUGUGGAGUUUCUGUUGCUGAGGAGCAGACAUGUUUUCUUUGAAAUGUCCCUAGUGGAGGGGAGGAAGGAGAGAUAGCUGUAUUUGCAGGCUACAAUGUUAGCUUGUGUUAAAAUUUUCAAAUGUAGGCAUAAUUUAAAGAUUACCUUGUGAUAACGUUUGACAUGAGUUCCCCCCACCCCACCUCAUCUCCGAGAAAUUAGUAAUUGGAUUAUUGAUAUUGGAUUAUUGAUUAUUGAGUUAUUAGAUUAUUUGAUAAAGCAGGUUAUAUUUACAAGGCAGCUUGAAAGCCAGUUUGGACCUGCUACAGCAAUACACAAAGAUAAACGCACAUACGUGUUGACCCAAUGUAGACCACUCUAUGGGUGUAUACGUCCCCUUCUCUCUCUGUGAGGAUUCUGAUCCCUAAAAUGUGGGACCCCAUUGUAGUAACUCUAUUGAAAGUGUAACCCCAUUAUAGUCAAUCCAGUUGUGAAAAUGUGACCCCAUCCAAUGGCACACCCCCAUUAGCCUAUUUCUUGGAAGAAUCCCCCUCCCUCCACCCCCCACCCAGCUGGGCUUUCAUCCUACAAGAGCUUAUUAGAGCCUGCAACCAUUAUUAGAAAAUGUAACUUAUCUUGAUUUUUAGUAACUCGUCAUCAGCAUCAUAAAAGCAAGGGAUGGCACAGUGGUGAGAGCGCUCACCUCCCACCAACGUGGGCCGGGUUCAAAUCCCGGAGUUGACGCCAUAUGUGGGUUGAGUUUGUUGUUGGUUCUCUCCUUUGCUCCGAGAGGUUUUUCUCCGGGUAGUCCGGUUUUCCCCUCUCCUCAAAAACGAGCAUUUCCAAAUUCUAAUUCGACCAGGAAUCAGGUAGAGGAAGGACCACUUUGUGGAUGUGCUACCUCUAAAUCAUUAUUAUCUUUAUUAUUAUUAAUCAUUAUUGAAAGGAGUUUGAAGAAUGUUGAUAUUAGUAAUUACUAAGAGGUAAAAAAGACUGUUGUUUUCCCCUCAGGCUCAAAAAGAAGCUGCUGAAGCAGAGGAAAUGGCAAAGGAACUUGGUCUUAAUGGCAACAGUUCAGAGGAUGGCUUAAAACAACUCAUACUGAAGCGACAAAGUGACAGGCAGGGAGCUUUAGACAACAUGCUAGCAGGCCUGGAAGCUAAAUAUUGCAAACCAAAGAAACCAAAAACAACUAAAGGAAAAAAGAAAUAA